AUGGAUAUUCGAAAUUUACUUAAUGACCAAAAUCAAACGAAUGAACACUAUGCAUUAUUAAGUACAACAACAAGUCAUUCAUCACCCGAAAAACCUUAUGUAUGCAAUUGGGGAGAAUGUACAAAACGAUUUUCGAGACGUUCUGAUCUUUCAAGACAUAAAAGAAUACAUACUGGAGAACGCCCAUAUCACUGUGAAUGGAAUGGUUGUGGGAAACAAUUUAUCCAAAGAUCUGCUUUAACUGUUCAUUAUCGUACUCAUACAGGCGAAAGGCCUCAUAUGUGUGAAUAUAAAUCGUGUGGAAAAUCAUUUAGUGAUUCAUCUUCUUUAGCUAGACAUCGACGUACACAUACUGGAAAACGUCCUUAUGUAUGUGACGUUAAAGAAUGUGGCAAAUCUUUUACUCGGAAAACAACUUUGUCUAGACAUCAAAGAAGUCAUGAUCCUCAAUGGAAAAUGUUCAAGUAA